CUUUCUCUCUGUCUGCCUGCCUGCCUGUCUGUCUCUCUCUCUCUCUCCCCCUCCCUCCCUCCCUCGCGAGCUCUUCCAUAGGGCUUCCGUGCGUGCCUUUCCUCCCGCCCAGCGCGGCGGUAUACGGCGGGAUGUCGGGAGCGGUGGCGGGCGGCGGGCCUGGACCCGUGGCUCAGGGACUGAAAGAAGCGCUGGUGGAGACCCUGAACGGGAUCCUCUGCCCGGUGCAGGGUGUUCGUGCUGCAGCUGAGGAACAGGUGAAGGUGCUGGAGGUGACGGAGGAAUUUGGGGUUCACUUGGCAGAGUUAACUGUAGAUCCCCAAGGAGCACUGGCUAUUCGUCAGGUCAGUCAUUCAAAAUGAUCAGUUCAAAAGAUUUAAACAAUUUAUAAAUUGAGCAAUUUUCUGUGUAUUAGUGUGAUAUGCUAAUAGCUAAUACUGGGUAGAAUGAUUUCUUUGCACUAUAGGUCCAGUCAGGGCAACCAAUGUUCAA